GAACGACAAGUUGUCCAUUACUGCGAAUAUCUUAGGAAUGGAGGAAAUAGCCGAAGUAGGCGAUGAUGGUUUCGAUUUGCAGCAAGAAAUAGCUCGAAGCGCCUUUGCGGACAUGUGCCACGAUUGGGAACGUAACCAAAAAUACGACCAGGCACUCCGGAUAACGAUUGAACGGCUUCACAAAAGUGGCAAGCAAGCAAAUGUUCUGGACAUUGGCACCGGCAGCGGACUACUCUCAAUGAUGGCUGUACGUGCAGGUGCAGACAGUGUAAUAGCUUGUGAAGCUUUCCGCCCAAUGGCGGACUGUGCCGAACGUGUGAUAGCGGCAAACCAAAUGGACGAGCGGAUACGUUUGAUCAAAAAGCGGUCCACCGAGCUAACAGUUGGUCCGGGAAUGGAUAUGGAGCGACGCGCGAACGUGCUGGUAACGGAACUAUUCGAUACGGAGCUGAUCGGCGAAGGUGCCAUCGGAACUUAUCGGCACGCGCUGGAGCACUUGCUGACGGAUGAUGUCCUGACGAUACCGCAUCGUGCAACAAUCUAUGCCCAAGUGGUAGAGUGUCCGCUCGCCCUGAACUGGCAGUGUCUGAAGACCUUGUCGAAUGCCGACGGAGACAUUCUGCUACGCGUUCCACCGGAGGUGACAGCCUGCCGAGGGUCAAGCGCGGUUUUUGAUAUACAACUCAGUCAAUUCCCAGCACAUAGUUUCAACGCCCUCACGGAACCGAUGCCGGUGAUGGAGUUUUGCUGGUCCAAGCUGGACGAACUAAAAACGGACCGCUGUUUUAAAAAUCUAUGUAAAGCGCGCACCUCUGGGUUCCCGCAAGCAGUCUUUAUGUGGUGGGAUUUAACGAUGGACAAGGAAGCAAGCGUGGCGCUGAGUUGUGCCCCGUACUGGGCGCAUCCCGAUUAUGAACACCUUAAAAAUGCACAGGUUCAUCCCGCGCGUCGGCUUCCGGAGAGCAACUUGAUACCUUGGCGAGACCACUGGAUGCAGGCAGUGUAUUUCUUGCCGCCGGUUAAAAUUCCUCUUCAAAAAGGACAAGAGUUUAUGCUCCAGUCAUACCACGAUGAGUAUUCGCUGUGGUUUAGCAUUAGUGAAGAGACACCACUAACCCGUCCGCAUUGCAGUUGCGGAUGGCACAUUGCACAGUCACGAUCACGUAUCGGACAGUUGAACGAUAGCCUGCGCAAUAAACGAUAUCUGAACUACUUCGAGCGCGUAUUUUCCGGAGAUUCGGUGGUGCUCGUCUUGAGUGAAGGUUCCCUGCUAGGGCUGGCCGCAGCACGCAUGGGCGUCAAGCAAGUAUUGCUCUACGAGCCGAACGCAAUCUCUCGCCGCUGUAUGGAAGCGUUCGUGGAAAACAAUAAUGUUCAAAAUGUACAGUUUGUAACAUCGGCCGAUUCCCUCGAGUCGGAGCAGGUAGCCACUGUGACGCACGUGUUCAGUGAACCACACUUCCCUUCCGCCAUUCUACCAUGGGACAAUUUGCACUACGGAGAUUUGCUCAAAAACCUUAAACCGUUGCUUCCAGCGAGCGUGGCAGUCAUUCCGGCUUCCGCAACACUUUACGGCUUACCGGUAGAAUUUUUAGAUUUACAAAAAAUUAACGCCCCACUUGGUACAUGCGAGGGUUUCGAUUUAUCGUUGAUGGACAAACUAAUCGAGCAACAUUCGUUGUACGCGGAUUCGCCGGUCGAAGCUCAACCACUGUGGGAAUAUCCAGCGUAUCCUCUUGCCGGUGCCAGUCGUCUGAUGGACAUUGAUUUUGUCGGUGAUUUCGAGAAAACAAAACUUUCGAGUGGCAAAUUCUGUCUAUCUGAACCAGGUCGAUGUAAUGGAAUCGCAAUUUGGAUCGAGUGGCACCUGGAUGGUAGUCUUGGGCCGAAAACAACGAUAUCUAGUGGACCAGUAGUACCGGUAGAGGAGGCGUCCGAUGAGCCGGUGCGCUGGAAUAUGAAUUGGCGCCAGGGAGUACAUUUAGUACGGAGCUUCCCCAAUCGUGCAGCCAUCAUUCCUUGGACCGUUAAGUUUAAUCCUACAUUAAACAAUGUAUACUUUCAGUUUGAUUAUACUGAUAAAUAAAUAUUUGUAUACGUCAUAGAA